GAUUGGCUGCCAACGCGGAAGUGCAUUUUCUAGCUGCCGGUUAGAAGCCGGAUGGGGUUCGGAGCGGUCCAGUUUGUGGCUGCGUGGCUGGUCUGGACCGCGGGAGCGGAGGACGGAGGAUGGUCCCAGCCGGAAGGUUCCGGCCUGGAGGAUGAAGGCGGCUGCUCCAUCCAGGUUCUGGACGGGUCGGAACUUUCGCAGCAGCAGUUCCUGGAGAGGUUCGCCUUCAGCCGACCCGUCAUCAUCAGAGGCGUGACCGACAACACGCGGUUCCAGGUUCUGUGCUCCAGGUCCGGUUUGCUGCAGCGGUACGGUUCCCUGACCAUCAGGCUGAGCACGGCCAACACCCACUCCUACAGGAAAGUGGACGUGGCCUUCCAGGACUAUGUGGAUCGGCUGCUGAGGCCGCAGGACGCUGCCGUCCUGGGCAGCGAGACGCUGUACUUCUUUGGAGACAACAACCUGACAGAGUGGCAGAACCUUCUGGACCGGUACCAGGCGCCGCCGUACUUCCUGCCGGGUCGCAGCGCCGCCUACAGCUUCGGCAUUGCCGGUCCAGGAACCGGAGUCCCAUUCCACUGGCACGGACCGGGAUUCUCUGAGGUCAUCUAUGGAAGGAAGCGCUGGUUCCUCUACCCGCCGGACCGGGACCCUCGUUUCCACCCGAACCGCACCACCCUGUCCUGGCUGACCGACACCUACCCCGGCCUGCCGGAGGCCGAGGCGCCGCUGGAGUGCACGGUCCGACCCGGAGAGGUUCUGUAUUUUCCGGACCACUGGUGGCACGCCACCCUCAACUUGGACACCAGUGUCUUCAUCUCUACCUUCCUGGGCUGAGCGCCGGCAGGAAGGAAAACCUGACAGGAACCGGAUUCAGGAUCUACUGAGAAUUUAUGCUUUUAAAAAUCUAAUUAAUGUUUAAAUUUAAAACCAGAAAAUGGAAAUGAUUGAUUCUGGAAGAUAACGUUUAAGAAUUAAAGAAAACUUCAGCAGGU